AUGGGAGCAGAUCGCAGGCCAGAGGUUCUGGUCGUGUCGAUUAUCUUUUUUGUCCUGGCGACGGUCUUCGUGGCGCUGCGCUUUGUGUCGCGCAUCUUCGUCGUGCGCAGGGUUGGCUUACAUGAUUAUCUAAUGUUAUUGGCUUGGGCCAUCGACUUUGGUUUCUCGUUUUCGCUCUUCUAUGCAACCAGUAAGGGUAUGGGCCUUCACGACUAUGACAUCCAGAUCAGUGAUCGACCGGGUCUCAAUCGGGCUGACUAUGCCUUUACUGUUCUCUAUAAUCCGGCGUUGAUGGCCGUCAAAACAUCCAUCCUCGUCUUCUACCUGACCUUGACCAAAGGCGAAAAGGUCUUCCGUUGGGCAAACUACAUCACGCUCUUCGCCGUCAACGCGGCUGGGUUGGCGCUCACUCUCGUCAAUGUCUUUCAGUGUAGCCCGGUCAGCGCGGCGUUCUCAUACCCCCUUCCGCCUCACGCGCAUUGUAUCGACAUCCUCACCUUGUACCUCUCCUCUUCGCCCGUCAACAUCAUCACCGAUCUGGCGAUCCUGUUCAUUCCAAACCCCAUCUUGACGCAGAUGCGUCUCCCCCGGAAACAGAAGAUCAUCCUGGUUAUCACCUUCAGCUUUGGCUUCUUCGUUGCGGUCGUCGAUGUAAUCCGGAUCGCCUACAUCCAAAGCGCGGCCACUUCGCGCCAGAUUGCGCUCAAGGAUCUUCACUACCAGAGUGCCGCUGGUGAUGACUUUAGUUGGUAUGCCUCUCUCUCGUUUAUGUGGUCUGUGAUCGAGGUCAAUGUCUCGGUCAUGUGCGCUUGUGUCCCGAGUCUGAAGCCUCUCGUGGCGCGCCUCAUUCCCAAACUGAUCAGAGACACGGAUGACAACACGCAAAACACAGCAGAGAUGAACCAACCGCCGUCUCUUGAGCCGGCGGCCGGUCUGCCCCAGAUAGCCCUGCCGCCAUCGUCGCCUUUGCAGACCGGCAACGCCCGAAAGAAGGCCUCCCAGUCGGGCAGCCGCAGCAGCGGUAGCGUCGCGGAUACCCGGGAGGCGCAGCCGCAAACCAUGGACAUGCUUGAAUUUCUCACGGCGCCAGAAUCCGUUCGUCAAGACACAGAAGCGAAUACGGCCACUGGGACCAGCUCCUCUUCCCCGCAUAGUAUCACCUUCUUUGACUUUGUAAAUAUGAGCAAGCCAACCAGUAUGCUCAAGUUGACCAACAGGGAAUCCAUCGCCCCAAACGCAUUGACGACCAUCCUCUUCUUCCUGUGGGGCUUUGCCUACGGAUUCCUGGAUAUCCUCAACAGCCAGUUCCAGCAGGUUGUGCGCUUGGACUCUUGGCGCUCGUUGGGUCUGCAUGCGGUCUACUUUGGUGGAUACCUGGUGGGUCCGCCAUUGGUCGGCAGGGUGGUCCUGAAGCGAUGGGGGUUCAAGUCGACGUUCAUCACGGGCCUGUGUAUCUACGCGUGUGGCACGCUCAUCUUCUGGCCGUCGGCCGUCUUGACAUCGUACUCUGCCUUUACGAUCUCGAACUUUAUCGUCGGCUUCGGUCUGGCCGUGUUGGAGACCGCGGCCAAUCCAUUCAUCGCCCUCUGCGGCCCGCUGGAGAACUCCGAAGUCCGGCUCAAUAUCUCGCAGGGAGUGCAGGCGAUCGGAAGUGUGGUUUCCCCUCUCCUGGCCAAAAGGGUCCUGUUCAAACAGGUCACUGAUGUCGGCACCCUGGUGGACGUUCAGUGGGCUUAUUUGGGGAUCGCCCUGUUUGACGUGCUUCUGGCGGUGGCCUUUUAUUAUCUGCCCAUCCCGGAGGCAUCCGAUGAAGACCUCGAGGAACUAGCCAGCCGACGCCGCGAGGACAAUAUGACCCGAGUGCUGGGAGUGCCGGUGGUCUGGAUGACUCUGGGGCUUGGGGUGUUUUCCCAGUUCUUCUACGUCGCUGGCCAGGAAGUCCUUUCGCAAAGCUACGACACUUUUGUCGACGCCGCGAGGUCCGACUCCAGCCUCAGCGCCUUCGACUACCUAACCAUCGGACAUAGCGUCUUCGCCGUCGGCCGAUUCAUCGCCGCGUUCUUGCAGUGGUUUCUGAAACCGCGCUGGAUCCUCAUGCUCUCGUACAUCGGCAUGAUCGUCUUCGCCGUGCUGUGCAUGAAGACCUCGGGCUCGACAGCCGUCGCCAUGAGUCUGAUGGUCUACCUCUUUGAAAGCGGGGCGUUUAGCAUCAUCUUCGCGCUCUCGCUGCGCGGCACCGCGCGCCACACCAAAACGGCCGCGUCGCUGCUAACCACGGCCAUCAGCGGUGGCGCCUUCUUGCCCUUCGCGCAGUACGCAGUCCAGCUCGCCCACGGCGUCAGUGCCUCCUACAGCGUCCUCGUCGCGCUCUUCUGCGCCGGCGCCAUCUUCCCUCUGUACCUCAACCUGGUCCCCGCAGCCAAGAAACAGGUCGACCCCGUCCCCAACGAAUACCUCCGCCGGCACCGCCGCCGCAGCCGUAAUCGCAUGCCGCCGUCGGCACGCAACGCCGUCCCGCGCGAAAAGGACAACCCCGCCGUCGGUGGCGUGCUCUCCCGCCGCCGCAGCGUCCUCACCGACCCGCUCCCUACCAUCCACCUCCCAGAGACAGAAGGUGACGCGGAGGGGGAUGCAAUCAACAUGCAGUCCUUCCAACCCAGCAGUAAGGUCUCGUCGAAGCCAAAGCCGAAGCCGAAGUCGAACCGCCGAUCCUCAUCCUCAUCGUCCAGCAGCGGGAUCCCCCGCGGCGGCGGGAUCAUGCACGACCUCGCUCCGUGGCCGGACACAUAA